GCCCCGAGCCCUUCCGCCGGGCCAUUGUGUGCGGGCGGAGGCGGCGGCCCGGCCCGGCCCGGGCCUGCGCCGCCCGGCCCGGGCUGCCCCUUUGUGGGCUCGGCCCGGCCCCGGCGCGCUUUGUGCUCGGGGAGCGCCGCGGGCUCGGCUCGGCGCGGCCCGGGGAGGCGGCCUGGCUCCUGCGAGCUCCCGGCGGGCCCCGCCGCCGCAGGAACGGGCUCCGGCGUAAAUGGGCCGCUGGGUGCCCCUCGCUGACACCACCGGGAGGGCUGCUGGCUCUUACCUAAUCCGGCGAGAGCAGAGAGGGAGGGAGGGUUUUGCCCAUCCUGCGGCUUCCCCUUAAAGACUAAAAGGCUGGGGACCUUCGUGCUUUCCCCUUCUCCACGAUAUUAAAAGGACGGGAGACAACAGCGUUUGUAGUGAAAGGCGAAGAAUCUUAAGAAUGUCUUCAGAAGAAGAACCAAGUUUGUUUUCUGGUGAAAUGAGCCGUCAGACCGCCACAGCACUACCCACAGGUACCUCCAAGUGCACGCCAUCGCAGAGGGUGCCCGCGCUGACGGGCACCACAGCUUCCAACAAUGACUUGGCCAGUCUCUUUGAGUGCCCCGUGUGCUUUGACUAUGUGCUGCCGCCCAUCCUGCAGUGUCAGAGCGGCCAUCUGGUCUGUAGCAACUGUCGCCCCAAGCUCACGUGCUGCCCCACCUGCCGAGGCCCGCUGGGCUCCAUCCGUAACCUGGCUAUGGAGAAAGUUGCCAAUUCCGUACUCUUCCCGUGUAAAUACGCCUCGUCGGGCUGCGAGAUAACCUUGCCACACACAGAGAAAGCAGACCACGAGGAGCUGUGUGAGUUCAGGCCUUACUCCUGCCCCUGCCCCGGUGCUUCGUGUAAGUGGCAAGGCUCUCUGGAUGCCGUAAUGCCGCACCUGAUGCAUCAGCACAAGUCCAUUACGACGCUGCAGGGAGAAGAUAUAGUGUUCCUGGCCACGGACAUUAAUCUUCCUGGUGCUGUUGACUGGGUUAUGAUGCAGUCUUGUUUUGGCUUUCAUUUCAUGCUCGUGUUGGAGAAACAGGAAAAAUACGAUGGUCACCAGCAGUUCUUUGCAAUUGUACAGCUGAUAGGAACGCGCAAGCAGGCAGAAAACUUUGCUUACCGACUCGAGCUAAACGGGCAUAGGCGGCGAUUGACUUGGGAAGCAACUCCUCGAUCCAUUCAUGAGGGAAUUGCCACGGCCAUUAUGAACAGUGACUGUCUAGUCUUUGACACCAGCAUUGCACAGCUCUUUGCAGAAAAUGGCAAUUUAGGCAUCAACGUAACUAUAUCCAUGUGUUGAAAUGGCAAUCAAACCUCUUCAGGCCAGUGUUUAAAACCGUUGCAUUUAAUUUAGCAGAAAUAGGGUAACCAUCUUUGACUGUCAGACAAAUUAUUUGGUAGAUGGAGGGUAGACAUAAAUGAAGGUAAAUAAAAGGAAAGGCUGUUAAAUUACAGGAAGCAGUUGCAUGUAGUAACUAAUAUAUUUAAAAUAAGUCAACAGUAAACCACUGAAAAUAUAUAUACACCCAAAAUGGGCAUCUUUUGUAUUAAGAAUUGAUUCUACAGGAAAUGUUGUAAAAUAAUUCUAAAAACUUGUUUGUAGAUUGAUUGUACUGUUGAAAAGGAUACUGUUUCGUGUUUUUGUUUGUGUUUUUUUCCUCCCCUUUGACUGACAAGCCAUGUUGAGCGGUCUGGUCUCUGGCCGCUGCUUCCCCUCCUCCUCCCCACCCCCCCUUUGUAAGUCACUACAUAGUAUUGCUGCUGUUUGUGUAUAUUUUUUGUGUAUUUGCUAAUUUUUAUUAACUUCUAGUUUUUCAUUAAAUAAAUAUGACUUUCUUUUCUGUAAUUCAGGUUUUUCUCUUUUUUGUAUCUUUUUAAAAUUAAUUACAGGUGUCAUCUUUUGAUAUGCAUAAUUGCUAUGGUAAAACUUAUAUUUCUGUAUGUUUGGUAAAUUUUGUCUCUUUCCAGUAGUCAAUUCAUUGGUGAUACUGUUCUUAAUUGAGCUAUUUGUGAAUGUACUGAACUCGAAAGGAGUGCUUAUGUUCAAAGAUGUGUCAGGAACGACAGCUCCUUUAAAAACAGGUCUAGAUGUUGUUGUACUUUGAGUUAUCUUCUAACAAAAACGAACCAUUAUUAAGAACUUUCCAAAUUAAAAAAAAACCCAGUAAUUCACAUUUCAAAUUUAGAGAUGCUUAGAAAGUUGAUUGCAUCCUUGUAUUUGUUGGUUUGCAGUACAAAGAAAGUAUUGUAUUACACAAUAUUUGUAAUUAUAAAAGCAGACCAUUUGUUUUAAAAAAAAAAGACAGUCAGAGUGAGAUGUUUUCAGUCUUUUUCUAUUUGUCAUUAAAAGAUUACCUGGCAAAUGAAAAAAACACAGCCAACUUCUGCUUUUUGCUUUAGCUCAAAGUUUGACACAUUGAUGCUCUUGCUCAGUUUCUUGUCUUCAUGUCUUUUGGUUGUUACUGAAGCAACUGUCUGGAAGUGACUUUUGUAUCUCAUUUUGGUGACAUGAUCCACAUGACAAUGCAGAUGAAUCUCUUCCAGGUGUGACUGACCAGCCCUACAGGCUUUGGAAGGAGACUGGGCUUUGUGCAGACUGCCUGUAUGUGCAAACCUGAACCACGAAUGUAAACGGGAUUUGUGUUACAAAACAGACACAGAGCAGGGGAAGAGCUGUUCCACCUCCAGCAGGAAGGAAAUCUUUGUCAAAACAAGCGGUAGCGGACGUGUUGGGGAGCUGGUCUGGCUAUUGACUACUUUUGUAACACAUUAAAAUACAGUUUAUUUACUGUG